CAGUGAUUCAGCCAUACAUCUUCGGUAUAGUCCAAUUAUGUAAACACAAUCCGAUUGAAUAAGAUUAUUAGUUAAAAAGAUCUUUUCUACUGGUAGCUUAAUUUGAUUGGUGACUAUGUUCCUUCUAUCCCCACUUUUCAGCUUAUCAGCCCUGAAGCUUCGCGAAUCUAAAAGAUCUCUGGAGAAGAUUGUACGACUAGGCUACUAAGCCGAAAUUUAGGCAUUUGGAAUGAACAAAACCAGAAAGACGAUCAGAUGCGAUCGCAUAUUCACUUGAAAGUAUUUUCUAGCUAACUUAUCGAAAUAUCUCAAAUAUCUUCUUCCGUACUAGAUAUCUCGCUAUAAUUUUAUAAGGAAAAUUGCUUGCUCGGUACUUGAUACCCUGUCCCGAACGACGUAAAACGACGUAAUCGACCAAAUUUCAACAUCUACCUUGCAUAUUCCCAACUUUAAACGAUUUAGAAAAAUCAACUACAAGAAACGCUACCUUCGUCGCAAAUUAAAAAGACGAAAAUGGCAUCAGACAAGAACCUAAACGAGCUCCUAAAAUGGAGCAUCGAGAAUUCAACACCGUCAGACCCCUCAGCGCCGGGGCCCCAAACGACAUUGACCGCAGAAGCCCUAGCUGCGAUUAUGGGUGCGCCGUCGGACGCAGAGCUGAUGCAAGCCUCAAUGGCCAAUAUCACAUCAACAGACCCGGAAAUCACCCUCGAGUCUAAAUUGACAGCCUUUGACAACCUGGAGCAAUUAGUCGAGUCGCUCGACAAUGCCAACCUACUUUCCAAGCUCGGGCUCUGGACACCCUUGCUCGAACUGCUGGGACAUGAAGAGGCGCGACUACGUCUAAUGGCAGCGUGGUGUGUCGGUACCGCCGUUCAGAACAAUGCCCCUAGUCAAGAGCGUCUCGUCGCACUCGGUGGUGUCGAAAAGCUCGUCGGAAUGGCCCUAGGCGAACGCAUCGGAAUGGAGAAGCGCGCCGGCACCGAGAAUCUUACAACCGAGGAGGGUGUUACCGCCGACAAGGAGACAAAAGCCGUGCGCCGGAAAGCGGUCUAUGCACUUAGUUCCGCCGUAAGAAACUACCAGCCGGCGUUAGAUGUUGCUGCCAAAGAACUACGGAAAAGAGGUGAAGAAGUUCAAGAAGGUAUUGAUGCGACCGACAUGGAUGCGGUUGACGAAGUGAUCAACGGCUUGAAGCAAAGGGCUAUAAACGCAUAAAAGCGUAGUUGUGAUGGCGAUGGGACAUGAACGGACAUCAUUACGGCAUUACCUCGGCGUUGGUGGGGUACAUUUGGGUCUAAAAAAGAGUUCUACGUAGCCACGAUAUGUUCGGCACAUGGCAUGGUUUCAUAAAUGAUCGAAUAAAAAUGACGCCUCAUGAUCGAUUUAACUCUUAUUUCAUUUUAUUUUGUAUUGUACAACUGCGUUGAUAGCAGCCUAUGGCAUCUUGACGUGAUAUGAUGAUAUAUGUACAAAUGGUAGAUUGAUAGGUUCGGUAUAAUACCCUAAUCUACUAACUUGCCGUAAAAUGGGAUUCCUAGACUCAUGCAGAGAAGCCUAGCAUGUCUAUCUGAUUUUGCUGUGGUUUCGAGGGUGACGCGGCAACCAGUGAUCAUCUUGGAAGGAUACAACUAAAAGUGUGUGAGCAAAUGAUUAAUUCCGUUGCCUGG